AUGGAUGAACUGCUGAAGCGAGCUUCUAUAUAUGAGUAUGAUUAUGAUGGCAACAAACCCCGGCAAAACUUAGUGGAUAAAACUUCUGAGACAGGCCCUUAUGAUUUUGAUGAGAGGGGUAAUGUUACUCUUGCUGGUAUCACCGAAGAGCAGCAACAUUCUACCACUUUAGGAAAGCCCAAGCAACAAAAGAAUGGAGAUGAGAAAGAUGGAGGAAGGAAGGUAGAAACACCAAUAUUAAUAGCAGCAAAGAAUGGUGUGACAGAAAUGGUAGAGAGAAUCAUGGAAUUGUUUCCUGUAGCUGUUCAUGACAUGGAUGCCAAUAAGAAAAAUAUAGUUCUGUUGGCAGUAGAGAACAGGCAAACCUACUUAUAUGAGUUCUUACUCAAGAGGAAAGGCAUGAAGGAAAGUAUAUUCAGGAAAGUGGAUAACGAGGGAAACAGUGCAUUGCACUUGGCAGCCAAGCUUGGAGACUAUAAACCUUGGCUUAUUCCUGGCGAAGCACUGCAGAUGCACUGGGAAAUCAAGUGGUACUUGUUUGUUAAGGAAUCAAUGCAACCACAUUUUUUUCGGCGAUACAACAAGGAAAAUAAGACACCAAGAGAUAUCUUCAGCGAAUCUCACAAGGACCUUGUCAAAAGCGGUGGGGAAUGGUUAAAGAAAACCUCUGAAUCAUGCUCCUUUGUAGCAGCACUGAUUGCCACCGUGGCCUUCUCCACAUCCACCACCGUCCCCGGUGGCGUCCAAGAAAGCACGGGCUCCCCAACCCUUGAACAAAGGCCAGAAUUCAGAGCCUUUGCCAUUGCAUCACUCAUUGCCCUUUGCUGUUCUGUCACCUCGUUGGUGUUGUUCCUCUCAAUACUUACAUCUCGGUAUCAAGAGCAAGAUUUUGGUAAAAAUCUUCCUAGGAAACUUAUCUUGGCCUUGACAUCGUUGUUCAUGUCCAUUACCUCCAUGAUGGUUACUUUCUGUGCUGCCCAUUUCUUUGUGCUCAAGGAUAAACUCAGAACUAUUGCAUAUCCUGUAUAUGCCGUCACAUGCCUGCCAGUGACACUUUUUGCCUUGGCUCAAUUUCCGCUAUACAUUGAUCUUAUAUGGGCUACUUUUAAGAAAGUACCACAACGUGGCUACAAAACCUCUCUAGUUUAGUUGUACGUACGAGUAAAGCAGCAUUGUAGUAGAGCUUCAAUUACGCUGCAUAUGUUAGGUUUAAUCUUCCUGUAAUCUAAACCCACAUCUUAGUU